AUUAGGAUUUCUUUAUUGGCAAACAUCCUCUUCGCUUGGAGAUUUCUGCAAGACGUUCGAACCCUCUCGAGUAUUUCAAUGCAAUACCUCCUUAUAUCGGCACAAGUAAUGUACCCUGAUUGGUCCGGCUACAAACCACUGCCAGGCCGACCAAAACUUUAUGCUUGUGCUGCUGCACCAAUUCUCCUUAGUCACGAAUGAUACACCUCAACCGUUAUCAAAGAAUCACCAGUUGGACGAUAUACAGAUCCUCGGACGGCUGCACUGAGGAGUUGACCCUCGCUCCCGAUACCUCUGACUUGCCUUUCGUCGACAAAGCCCGACACAUUUGAAGCCAACGACACCAAGCGCGACCCUUAUCGCCCAGUACACAGAAGCAAGGACUACAGACUGGGAAACUGACAAUGCUAGUGAUGCUACCUCCCAACCUUUUCAUGUCAACAUACUUUUCUUUGACUGGCUCACAUAUAGUGUCAGUACGAGUCAGCGAGCUGCCCAACCUUUGACCUCGCACAGACUUGAGGACAAGAAAUGAAUGCGUGGCUUUUUGUUUCGCUGGAAAAAGGGCGGGCGCACGACCCACGCCUACAUAGCAGCAUUGGCGAGGCUGAGCUCAAGUCUCAUGCUACCAGGUUUUCCAAGGCUCGUCUGCGAAAGAAGAAAUUGCAGGUGCUCAAAAAGUCCAUUGAACCCUUCCCCAUCACACCCAAAGAAGAUGUCAGUGACAAGUCGCUCUCACACGAAGCUCUCUGGCACCAACCACAGCAGCUUGUGCCACCUUCAUUUCAUCCCCAAACUACCCUAGCACUUAGUGGGUGCCAUACAUUCGCCCCAGAACACAUGAAAGAUUUAGCCCCAGCAUUGCAACAAGCUCUCGAGUAUGCUUACGAAGUGCUGUGGCCGAUGAAUUCCCCGGCCAUACAAGGGUCGUCCUUGAAGGCUACGAUUCAGUUCUGGCGCGCGGCUGGGGUCCAGUGUCCUUUGACCUUCUACUCCCAAGUAUCUAACGCUGCCACCCUGUGCCUAGCCAAGGCAACAGACGCAGUCUACGUGAGACAAAUGUCCACCUUGCGCACCAUCUACCAAAGUCGUGCUAUUCAUCUGAUUCAAAAGGCGGUCGGAGAGCUGGCUGGACCUCCAUCUUUCACUUUAAUAAGUUGUAUCAUGAACAUGCACGGACAAGGGGGGCAGGUCCUUGAACCUACGUAUUGUUCGCUGGUACCCGAGUCCCCGAUCUUUGCGGCGUUCAACCUGAAGCUGUAUGGCCGGUUUGCAUACCCUCCCCAACAUUUCCCUGCUCUGACAGAGUUGCUGAGGCAACGAGGUGGAAUCAGUACCCUUCCACCGGGCGUUGCAAACCCUCUUCAACUGGCUGAUCUCGCAAGCGCAAAUCGCACCUUUACCUCCCCGAAGUUCCCCUUGCUGAGCUGCAUCUCCCAGAUGGCUAGCCACCAUGCUGCACAGCAUGAUGAUCGUGCUCUGGGCUUGCUGGGGACUCUGGGCAGUGGCUUCUCGGCAUGUAUGGGAAGUGAUGACACUGGCAUGUUUUCAGUACUAUCAGAAGCGUGCCAGUUGACGGCGUCCAUUGACCAAUACCAUCGCGAGGUGGGCCUCAGACUUCCUCUCCACGUUCUUGCGGUCAAGGCCAUUGCAUUUCAACAUCGGCUGCUGACGUUACCACCAUGCCUGUCGGAUUGUGUGGAUUUGUCACCAUGUUCGGCCGACGCUAUCGUGUACCAGGCGAUUCGUUUCACGACAUUGAUAUAUAGUGACUUUAUGAUAUUUCCCAGCGCCGAAGUAAGACAAGGUCGAUCACGGCUGGCGUCUUGUCUAAGAGAGUGUCUACUUCGGUGGUUGGACGCGCGAGGCGAGAUGCUUGACGGUCAGAAUGUCUACCAAGACCUCCUACUAUGGUGCUUGGUUCUUGGAGGCGUGGCUUCAUCCAACACAUCUCAUCGAAGCUGGUACGUCAAACAAGUGGCUGAGCAGCUUCUAGCUCGCACCAUGACCUGGGGUAUGCUAGAGACGACUCUGUAUCGGUUUUUGUAUUGGGACUAUGUAUUUUCUGGUUUAGUGACGAAUCUCUGGAUGGAAGCACGAUCUCUAGGGACACACGAAGGUUUGGAGCAGGUCCAUUGGAUGGUUGACAUGGGUCUUUGUGAACCUGCGACUCUUGACAUUGGGGGAGUGCGGUCAUUGAAGGGGGCCCUCUCCGAAACUCGUGUGAUUCAUCGCUAGUGUUGCUUGCGGAAGAUUGGGGCCAUCGCCAUCCAGAUUGUACUGAGAAGUGCAACAGAGGGUGAGUUGAUUAAAGGAUAUCUAGGUGUGUCUGGACAUCUGGACAUCUGGACAUCUGGACCUCCACGGCUAGUUUC